AAUGGAGAGAACAAAGAAGAGGAGUGUAAAUCACACAGGGUGUGUCAGUGCUACAGGCAGGGAGUGAUAGUGAAUGCAGCACAGGAAGAUUCCCGCAGCAGCUGAGCCCAUGAGCCCAGGUGGACGAGGGAACAGAUACAGGUUACACAGACCCCCACUUAUCUCCUCAGUUACAACUAGAAGGAACAGCAGACAAUAGUAGGCUGAAAGCGUGACGCGUGAACUGAAAGAGACGAGUAGCCAUGGAAAAAUUCAUCAAAAAGAGAAAGCAUUUGAGAGUGGCAAUCUGCUCUAGAGAACCCCCCGAUAGCUAUAACUGGCUACUAAGGCUUUUGGAAAGAGCAGACUUCAAAAAAAAAGUCAACGAGAUAAACCCAGUCCAUAUCUCCAAUGAUUUCUCCCGAUUCCAAAAGGACAUCUCUGGUUAUACAUUUGCCGUCCUGUAUCACUCCAAGAGAAGAGGCAGAAUAAACGUCACUGAUGUGACAGACUCACUCUAUGAUAAAGAACUGGACUUUAUGCAUCAAUCUCUGGGAAAGGAAAGAGUCAUUGUGGUUAUUGAUGAUCUGGACGACUCCAGUGAGUCAGAGAAGAACAGAAUCCUACAGAGCCAGAAGAGCAUUGGCCAGUUGGCUUGUGACCUGUUUCUCUUUAGUACAAAUGAUAAAGACUCCAUCAGUUCUGCCAAUAAGACUCCAGAUGUGGAUACAAAGAUAGACAGUCUGUAUCAAACUGUAAGAGAAGCUAAGAAAGUCAUAAAUGGACCAAACCUACGGGCAGGAAAAAACAAGAUGAAAAAAAACAAAAGGCCAAGCGUGAGCCAUAGAGGAAUUUUAAGUUGUUUACGUUGAUGAAGAAGAUUCACAGUCACUUACACAUUAUUUCGCAAUGGUUCAUGCUGGAUAUACACGUUAAUGCUCUGAAUUAUGGAAAGGCUAUUUAUCUGUUACCUACUGUGUAUCCUGUGCUUAAAUGGCUGUCCCCAUGGCU